AUGUCUGCUGACUGGGGCUCUUUCUUUAAUCCAGGCGCCCGGUCUUCCAUUGAUGAACCGAAAAACGAUGCUGUCGGUACGAGCGGGGACGAUGAGGUUGUGGAAGCCGACCAGGGAAAUGUGCUCUCCCACAUCAUCUCCCAGUUGCGACCGGGCGCAGAUCUGAGUCGAGUUGUGCUGCCUACCUUUAUCCUCGAACCACGGUCCAUGUUGGAAAGAAUCACCAACUUCAUGGCACACCCCGAAACCCUCCUUCCCAUGUCCACCAUCGACGACCCCCUAGAACGCUUCAUCUCCGUCAUCCGGUUCUACCUGAGUGGAUGGCACAUCAAACCUCCAGGGGUAAAGAAGCCGUUGAACCCCAUCCUUGGAGAAACCUUUACUUCCUACUGGGAUUACCAAGAUGGCACCCGAGGAUACUACAUCUCUGAACAGACAUCCCACCACCCUCCGAAAUCGAGUUACUUCUUUAUGGCGCCAGAGCACAACAUCCGGAUAGAUGGAACAUUGAAGCCUCGCAGUCGGUUCCUCGGAAACUCGGCAGCAAGUUUGAUGGAGGGCAUUGCCAUUUUGCGAUUGUUGAACCGAGGAAAAGGCGAGAAGGGUGAAAGAUACAUCGUGACGCAACCCAACAUGUACGCCCGCGGCAUCCUUUUUGGAAAGAUGAAGUAUGAGCUUGGAGACCACAGCUACGUGAGAUGUCCAGAGAACGACCUGAUUGCGGAUAUCGAAUUCAAAACCAAGGGAUACUUCUCGGGCACCUAUAAUGCGAUCGGUGGAACGAUCAAGAACGAGAAGACGGGGGAGGUAUUCUACGAACUCUCGGGUUUGUGGAAUGGUGAGAUGUUCAUCAAGAACGUUCACACCAACCAAAAAGAUCUUCUCUUCAACGCAACACAUGCAAAGCACAGCUCUCCUUUGGCACGGCCACUCGAAGAGCAGGGUGAGCGAGAAUCGCAAAAGCUGUGGAAGAAGACCGUCGAGGCUAUCAUCACAAGAAACCACGAAGCGGCAACUGAUGAAAAGACCAAGAUCGAGGAUCGUCAACGAGAAGAAGCCGCCCGGAGAGCAGAUGAUGGUGUAGAGUGGCAUCCAAGACUAUUCCGUCACGUCAAAGGGGGCCCUGGUGGCCCUGACGAAGGGGAGGAGGAUCUCGACUGGAUUAUUAAUGCAGAGGUUGACUCGCACAACCCCGAGCAUGCCAUUAAGCAGAUCACAUCUAUUGCUCCCAUCCUGCCGGGUCAAAAAGAGACCGGCCAAUUCCAAAUCCCACCACACUCGGAGCAAAAGCCAGAAGAUUGCUCGAAAACAGAUUCCGCCAACCCGGCGACAGCAGACGGGGCAUCCGCCCAGCCCAAACCUUCAGAGCCCGUGCUACGACUAGACUCCCAGACUGCAGGUGUGGACGAAUUCGUCGACGCAGCGGACAAGCAAAAGUCGUGA